AUGGAUAACGGCAGAGCUUUCGAAGGCAAGCUAUGUGGUUUCGGCCUCGACAGCCAGACCUACCGGGUAUUGAAUCCAUCCAACGGGGCCGUGGUCGAGAGCGGGAAUGUGACUUUCAUCGAAUCUCCACCCCGCUCAGUGCCCUUCCAGUAUUCCACUGAAGCAAACGGGUACGAGAGCGACGUGCUGAGCUUCACCUCCCUGCUGGACAGCCCCCACUCGACGAGCGACCUGGACUUCACGGCGCAGAACGAACUCCUUCGGCAAGAAGUCCGGAAGAUGCAGCAAGACAAUCUCGCUCGGGAGAAGCUUCGCCUAGAACUGGACGGGCACGAGGACGAACAUGGAAACGGGCAAGAUCUCGGCGACGGGGACGCUCCAUCACCACAUCUCCCAUCGACGCCAGCUGGAUCGUCAUCCGAGACCCACGCAUCUAGCCCCAGUCCAUCAUCGUCGAACCCGACUGAACCGGACACUUCUGCAUCAACUGGAUCCUCCGGCAUGCGGCGCCUGCAAGUCACCAGAGCCAGCACGCGCGGGAAGCCCACCAGCGACGAUCAUAUCGACGUCAACUUGGUUCCUGCCAAUCUGGAAGUCACCAUGAACGACCGCGGUCGAGCCCAUGCUACAACGGGCCGCGUGGAGCCAUCCGGUCUUUCCUUCACUCAGCUGGCUGAGAUAGCCGAUCAAGCCCAGCUCCCAUGCCCUGGCGAUACUGAGGAUUUCGCCCACGUUGCGGAAGACCCCUUCACGGUGCCGCGUGCUCACGCCUACGUCACGACCAUUCACGAACACCACGGGAUCUUGGAGGAGACAAAUCAAGCGAUCGAAAUCCCCAACACCUACGACGAAUUCAUGAGCUCUCCCCAGCGCGAAGAAUGGAAAGGAGCGUGCAGGAAGGAAAUGGGCAAUCUGCGGAAAUACAACGUCUACAAUCUGGUCCCCCUCAGCAGUGUUCCCAAGGGAGAGAAGAUCCUUGGAACGAAAUUCGUCUUCAAGAAAAAGCUGGACGGACGCUUCAAAGCUCGCCUGGUAGUCGGAGGACAUCGUCAAGAGCCAGGACAGGACUACGGACGCAGCUACGCACCAGUAUGCCGUAUCGGGAGCAUUCGCAUGACGUGCGCCAUUGGCUGCCACAACAACUGGCCCAUCUACCAACUGGACGUUGUCGGUGCCUUCCUGAACGCCCUCUGCGACAGAGAUGUGUAUGUCAGACCCGCCCCCGGUACAUCCGCCAAGAACUCCGCGACGGGAGAAGCUAUGGUGUACAAACUAGAACGGAGCCUCUAAGGCC